UGCCUCAGCGUGACGUACUUCCUUUAAGUUUCUGCUCCGGGGAUAACAACACCUGAAGAGCCCGAGCCCCGAGGAAGAAAACACCAAGUAACCUGCGUCUGGGUCGACUGGGACCAGCCGCGACUUUUUCACUGUAACAUCAACACCUAAACAACACAAUGCCCCAGAACGAGCACAUCGAGUUGCACCGCAAGCGGCAUGGCCAGCGCUUGGACCACCAUGAGAGGAAGAGGAAGAAGGAGAGCCGUGAGGUCCACGAGCGUUCGCACAAAGCCAGAAAGUUGAUUGGAAUGAAGGCCAAGCUGUACCACAAACAGAGACAUUCAGAGAAGAUCCAGAUGAAGAAGACCAUCAAAAUGCACGAACAGAGGAGGACCAAACAGAAGAGUGACGAUAAGACACCAGAGGGAGCAGUGCCAGCCUACCUGUUGGACAGAGAGGGACAGUCCCGUGCCAAGGUUCUGUCCAACAUGAUCAAGCAGAAGAGGAAAGAGAAGGCUGGCAAAUGGGAGGUGCCCCUGCCAAAGGUGCGCGCCCAGGGCGAGACAGAAGUGCUGAAGGUCAUCAAAACUGGAAAGAGACAAAAGAAAGCCUGGAAGAGAAUGGUCACAAAAGUCUGCUUUGUCGGCGACGGCUUCACUCGCAAACCUCCAAAAUACGAGCGUUUCAUCAGACCUAUGGGUUUGCGUUUUAAGAAGGCUCACGUCACACAUCCCGAGCUGAAGGCCACGUUUUGUCUCCCCAUCCUCGGAGUGAAGAAGAACCCCUCCUCACCCCUCUACACCUCCCUGGGAGUUAUCACCAAGGGAACAGUCAUAGAAGUCAAUGUCAGUGAACUGGGCCUGGUCACACAAGGCGGAAAAGUUAUCUGGGGUAAAUAUGCCCAGGUGACGAAUAACCCCGAGAACGAUGGCUGCAUUAAUGCAGUUCUGCUGGUUUAAGACUCUCUCACUAGACUGUGCCUGGUUACUCACAUUUACACAAAGAACACAAAGAUGCAACAAGUAAGGAGCUGCAGAUGAACGGGACAUCAGGAAGAUCGUGGAUGCAGUUUUUGGAUGCUCAGAGGAAAAGAAUAUGAGUUAAAUGUUGUUACAUUUGAUAUAAAUAAACUUAAUGACGACAGAUUAA